GUUUCUAUCAAGUUUUCAGUAUUAUCUACAUUACGUGGUGUACUUGCCCUUCGCAAUAAUUUCGUUGGUUUGCUUGGUACAGGUGAUAGCCGCAGAUCGUAGCUUGUAUCAAUUUUCACGUAAUCGGAUAAUGGAACCCAACCCUGUAAUUAUUGCUGCUACAGCAAAACAAACAGCAUCCCUCAUCUUUCUACAUGGACUUGGUGAUACCGGCCAUGGAUGGGCAAGUACAAUUGCAGCAAUAAGAGGAUCCCACGUAAAAGUAAUUUGUCCAACAGCUUCUACUAUGCCAGUAACAUUGAAUGCAGGAUUUCGAAUGCCCUCCUGGUUUGAUUUAAGAACAUUAGACGCUACCGCUCCAGAGGAUGAAGAUGGUAUCGUAAAUGCGACGACACUUAUACAUGGAUUAAUAUCAGACGAAGUUAAAGCUGGUAUUCCUGCAGGAAGGAUUUUGUUGGGUGGGUUUUCACAAGGUGGGGCAUUGGCUCUUCAUGCUGCUCUCACAUAUCCUGAACCACUUGCUGGAGUUAUGUCCCUCUCCUGCUGGCUGCCGAGACAUGCUCAUUUCCCAGAAGGCCUUAAAGCACCCAAGGAACUACCGGUAAGUUAGAAAAAUUAAAGUCUC